AUGGCAAACAACCCAACUUUCAAGCCUUCACCAUUAUCUUUUGGUGGGCCGAGGGCUUCGCCGUUCCGGCGACCGUCCACGCCCAACUCCCCGCCCUCAGCAGGUCGCCCAGCCACCCCAGGGAGUUCCCCGAGCAGAGGUUACACUCCGAUGGUAUCACCGAGCAAGUUGAAUCAAACAUAUACCGUGGAAGAUAGGGAAUCAGUCUCCCCGCGGGCGGAACCAAUCCCGCAACCAAAAUUCACUCGAGAACUUCCUCCAUCUCCCACCAAGGGAGCACGGUCACCCGGUUUUACAUCGCCAAUUGUGGGCAGGUCGAGUGGAAUGGUAAACGCGACUACCGACGCCUCCUCAAAGAUACCGCCAGCUCAGCUAAGGGAGAUUCGGGAAGCAUUUCAGGUUCUUGAUAGAGAUAACGAUGGACUGGUCAACAAAGAUGACGUCGCUGAUGUUUUGACCAACUUGGGUCAAGAUGCAAAUCACUCCACCCUUUCGCGAUUCUUCCCACCUGGAGCUGAACAAAAGAUCAACUUUGCAACCUUUUUGAAUGCCCUGUCUCAAUUAAUGUCCCCGAUGUCGUCAUCCCAAGAGCUUCUCAACGCCCUGGCAGCAUUCGACGAUGACGAUAACGGCCAGAUUGACGUCGCGGAAUUACGUGAUGCCUUGCUACAUACAGCACCCGAAGAUGGUGUGGUCCCGUUGACAGAGCGACAGAUCGAUGAAGUUCUCAGCGGGUUUACUGGGCGGCGCGCAUUCGGCGCAAAAUCAGGUGGAAUGGGCAAGAGAGCGGAAGUCUUCCAGUACCAUGACUUUGUUCGCAGCAUAGUGGGAGGAGACAAUGGGAACAAUGGAAGACGGGAGACUGGCACUGCUCCAGCUUGA